UGCCUGAAGUUUCAAUUAUUAUUAUUUUUUUUCUUUCGCUUCUCCCUGUGUUAAAAUUUGCCACUUCUUUUCACCUUCGAUAUGCCUGCCGAUAGACAAUUUCUACCGUCCAUCAAGCAUCUCUUACUUCGAGAAGAAGACGAUGUCCAUCCCUGGUCAGCUGCUCUUCACCAACACGUCGUAACCGAUUAUGAGCCACUAUCCGAUCAUGAUAUGUCGUUGAAUUCCGCUGCAUUCUAUAAACCUGUGAAAGAUAGUCAUGUACCCCCACCGCGGCCGUCCCCUACGUUAGAAAUACAUAGAUCACCCUCCAGCACACCAACAUCCUCUCCGGCAGCUUCCUGGUCUCCGCCCAGCAGCGAUAUCAGUGACCCAUCUACCAAUGCACUACAGCAAAACAUGUGGGGAUCAACAGUAGCCGAUCAGCAGCCUCACUCCGCCACGCAAAGGCAUUGUCGAUCGAUGUCUGAAGCAUCCCAGCUUCAGGAUUUAAAUGCAUAUCAUCGUCGUCAAUCUGCUGGCGAUAGACAGUCGGCAUCCUCAUCCGAAGAAGUUGCCCGUCCUGUAAUUGUACAAACAUCUGCAUUUAAAAACCCUCGUCUAGAGGACGACCACGUAUCGGACAGCACUCCCUCGCCACCUCAUGAGAAUGGCAUUAUUGUAUUUGGCACCAAGAACUCUCAAGCUAGUUCACAGCAAGCCAGCGGGGUCCAUCGGUACAUUUGUCCGGAUUGUAACAAGACGUUCGCCAGGCCGUCAUCAUUACGGGUCCAUUCCUACUCUCAUACUGGUGAAAAACCCUAUGCAUGCCCAGAACCUUCAUGCGGUAGGCGCUUCAGUGUUUGCAGUAAUCUAAGGAGACAUAUGCGAGUCCAUCGAUUACGCCAUGAUCCUCCGCAAUGGAAACCUAAAGGUUCGAUUGAUUCGAGCUCUACAUGCCGAGCCACUUCGAUAUGACAGGCUGUGCUCGUCAUAUCGUGGUGCCUUCCGAUGACUUCUUUCAUCUGGUUGGAAAGAAGAAACUUUACAUUGCUAUCCCAUUUCAUUUCUUCAAAAAAUUUCACGUUUUCUCCAUUUGUAUAUUCACUCUAUGGCUUUUCUCUCUCUACAAAUCACUAUAAUACACUCUAUAAACUCUCAUAGUCCAAACUAAAUUUCGCUUGCACUACCUACAUCUUUUUUUUUUCGGGUGUCAUCGUCCCACAAAAAAAUUUUUUUUGGCUGCUUCUUGAUCUGUCCGAUGUAGAUCAUGCCAAAAUAGUUUCAGGUUUUCGAU